AUGAUUAUAAGACGGUUAAAAAUAAAAAUUCGAACGUGUAAAUUUUCCGGUGGAAAUUAUGUUGAUAGACGAAGUUUGUCCAGCUAUACUAGGUCAAGUGUUGGAUUGAAAGACGAAUGGAUCAUAGAACUUGGAUUUAAGGAUAUGAAAGAAAUGUUUGAUUCAGCAAUUUGUGAGAUUACUAGACUAAUAGUCAAUAUACUUAAUUAG